CCUCAUUUAAAAAUACCCUGUCCCGCCUUUUUAGUGUUUUAAAGAACUCCCAGCCAAGCUUCCUCCGCCAUUUCGUCGGCCGCUCGAAGCUCCAAAUUGUCCAAUAUUCCGAGACUUUUUCACCAAUCUAUUUUUUUUUUUCUCAAUUCUCUUUGAGUUCCAAUCUGGGUCUUCUUCUUUUUUUUUUUUGAAAAAUUUUCGGUAGAUGUUUACAGAAAUUUAAACGAAAACAGCCGUAUACGUCUCUGGAUAUCAGUUCUGUUCGAACAGAGCUCAUCUGGAUAUUUUCUCGUUGAAUAUAGCUGAAUUUGAUUCUUUUUUACUGCUCGAUUCGGUUGUGAUCAAUAACAAAAGCCCAUAUUCUCGUUUCUCAGAUUUCGGGUGGAAUUAAGAGAAUUCAUGAAAGAUUCAAACUUGGGUCAAUCUCGAAUCUGGAGUAGGAAUCAAUUCGUCCUUUUUUAAAGUGAUCACUUCGAUCAAAAACGAAAACCCUUACGGGCCUUUCUCCAAUUUCGGAUGGAAUUAAGAGAAUUCACAAAAGGCCUGAUUCUUGGUUGAUCUCAGGCUUAUUGCAUCAACUCCAUGUUGGUGUUUCACUGAACUAUUGAUGGAAUUUAGAGUUUCUACAGAGGAUUGGAUUCUCAAAAACCUGGAUUUUGUUGUUCUAUUAACAAUGUGGAUCUCAACGUGAUUCGGAAUGGCCGAUAGUUUCAGUAAGAGUUUGACCGGGCAUUUCAGAUUGAGAAGCCAGAACUCUGGCGGACCAGGGGUUAUGGUUGUCCAAAAGAGUUGGGUGGCACGAUCUUUCAAUGUUCUUAUCGUGAUCGUAUUGUUGAUCUUUCUCAUUUUCUCUAUCGGCUAUCAAUAUUUCCAGAUUUACCCGAAGUUCAUCCAUGUGAUCAAUCAAAGAUUUGGGAUUUCUAACAUCAUUUGCUCAGCCAGAUCAGCCAAGGGGUGCAAUGUUUUCAAUGGAAGCUGGGUCCUGGAUGAGACCUACCCACUGUACAACAGCUUGGAGUGUCCGUUCACGGAACGGGCAUUCAAUUGCCUGGCGAAUGGGCGGAAGGAUAAAGACCAUCAGAAAUGGCGGUGGAAGCCUCAACACUGUGAUUUACCUCGGUUCAAUGUGCAGGGUGUCUUGGAAAGCCUACGUGGGAAGCGGGUUGUGUUCGUUGGCGAUUCGAUGAGUAGGACACAGUGGGAAUCACUGAUUUGCAUUCUCAUGACCGGGGUGGAGGAUAAGAAGAGUGUCUAUGAAAUCAAUGGGAAUAAGAUUACAAAGCAGAUCCGGUUCUUGGGCACGCGGUUCAGUUCUUUUAAUUUCACAAUUGAGUUCUUCCGAUCCGUUUUCCUGGUUGUGCAGGGCGCCCCUCCGAAAAAUUCGCCGAAGAAGGUGCGAUCAACGCUUGAGCUGGAUGUGUUGGAUGAUAUUAACGCUAGUUGGAUUGAUUCGGAUAUUCUAAUUUUCAAUACGGGACAAUGGUGGACACCAGUGAAGCUUUUCAACACGGGCUGCUAUUUCCAGGUGAAUGGGUCGCUAAAUCUUGGAAUGCCGAUCCCUACUGCAUUCAGAAUAGCAUUGAAAACUUGGGCGUCAUGGGUUGAAACCAACGUCAACACAAACAGAACACAUGUCUUCUUUCGGACUUUUGAACCUUCUCAUUAUGGGAGUCUGGACGAGAAGAUUUGCAAUGUGGCCCAAAUGCCCAUGUCCUCAACCAAUGGGAGUGAACAAAGUGUAUUCUCUGACAUAAUAUCUGAUGUGGUGGCGAAGAUGAAAGUUCCUGUGAACAUUCUCCAUGUAACUUACAUGGCAGCCUUCCGCAACGAUGCCCAUGUAGGCAAAUGGAGCGACACUCCAUCGCCGGACUGCAGCCAUUGGUGCCUUCCUGGGGUGCCUGAUGUUUGGAAUCAGCUUCUUUUCUCAUAUCUGCUGCCAAGGAGCAAAUCAUGUCCUACAUGAAUUGUUACUCAAUGCACUUCGCUGCUCCUGUGCCUAAAGAAGACAGUGCUGGAUAUUAUACUGAAACUAUGAUGCUGGGGCCUCUCCUGCUGUUCACAUGUCAUGUACCUAGAAUCCAAUCCAUCCAGUGUAAUGGGACCCACUGUGCAUUUGUCAUGUCUGAAAAAUCAGAUUAGUUGAAAAAUCCAAACAUCUGAUUAAUGGAUAUUUGUUUAUUGAUUUGGGUCCUCUUAGUAAUUUUUAUAUUCACUGUCCAUUAGAUGUCCACCAACUCAGCUAGUGAUUAGGGUUCUUGGGUUAUAUUCCAUUUACAGUGGAUCCCACUAUUUUCAAGUUAAGCAAUGUGGGGCCAAAAACCAAUCAGGCGGGGCGCUUCAUGCAAAAAAACCAUCUGAUAUGAUCGUACCUACCCCAAAAAUUCAGUGAUAGUGAUUGUGCUCACCUGGUUUUUUUUUUUUUGGGUUGUUUCUUCCAUUCCUGAUCUUGUGUGCAUUGCUAUCCUCAUCUUCGCCUUUCUAACGAAGUGGUGUGUAGUGGAAGUUUGCUUUCCUUUGCCAGCAGCUGAUGAAGAAUGUAAUUUCUCAGAUGCAAAGCGCGAGUAAUGGAAAUUGAUCAGACUCAUAAUUUCCAUUUUUUUUUUCCUUAAAAUUGUUUUUAUAUGCAUUUGAAGAGAGGCUGAAUUCAGUCUGUGUAGCAUUUUGCUUAUCUUUUUGUGUAUGUAAUGGAAACUGUGUUGUUCUUGUCAUUCACUUACAUGUUGUAUCCUAUUCAUUUCUUUAGUCUCUUGAGCU